CAGAUGCAAUAGGGAAACGCGGGAAAGAUGGAUUGUUGCGGGCCACCCACCAGGGCCCCAUCAACUGCGUCGAUCCCGGAGGCGGGUGACGGAGAAGUCACGGACUUCCGGAAGCCUGAUCAGGUCCGGGAAUGCAAGGACGUCUUCUCACUCAUGGUCUUCUCCGUUUUUGCCGUGUAUAUGGUCUGCGUCGCAAUAGCUGCAGCUUCCCGCCGGGACUACAUGGGUCUGCUGCAUCAUGCGGACAGCUUUGGCAACCUGUGUGGCCUCGACAACCGGAACCGGAAACUCAUCGGCGUUCCACUAUCCGGCCAGGAUAUGCGUGGGAGGAAGCUACUUGAGAAAUCUGGAUCAGCGUGGAUGUGCGUGGAAAAAUGUUCAAAGGAAAGUGCCGGCCUACUGCCUUAUGUUUGCCCGGCGCAAGCAGCCGAAGUUCGUCAACUCAUACUGAGGGAAAGGGACUCGAAGAUACUUGCUGGCGAUCUACUUUGGCAAAUGGACGAAAUGGGUUUCGUGGUGCUUAUAGGAAUAGGUAUCACAGUGCUCUGGAUGCUGUGCCUUCGGUUCUGGAUCAGCAUCUUCUCUUGGCUCAUCAUGAUGGCGUCAGCUCUCAGCACGCUGGCCUUCACAAUAACGCUCUGGCUAGCUUGGGGAGAAGACAUCUCUUUAUAUGAGCAUCCUCCGGGGGACGUGAUAGAAUCAUCCAAGCACGAUGAACGCAGUAGUCUAUGGGUGCUGGUGCUGGUGUUGCUGACAAUAUUCACGGUCGUCAUACUUAUCAUGAUUGCCAUUGUCCUCAACAAAGUCACGCAGGUGGUGGGUGUUUUACAGGAAGCGGGAAGAGCUCUAGGCGACGUGCCGUCUGUCUUCGGCCAGGCUAUAACGGCAGCCAUGGUGAUUUUGGUGAUCGCCGGGUUCUGGCUCCUUGGUCUGGUCGCCAUGCUGUCGGUAGUGCAUCCAUUUAUCGACGAUGCUGAACAACGCACCGUAGGCUUCGAUACGGACAAUUUUUUUCUGACCAUGUGCCCACCCUAUGUAAUAUUCUUCCUGUGGUUGGCCAACAUUGUCCUCAGCUGCCAGCACUUCGUCGUGGCUAGCACCGUGGCCACCUGGUACUUCACCAAGCAUAAGACUCACAUUAGCGCCCCGGUGGUUCGGAGCAUGCAGCUUCUGGUUGGCUACCAUCUGGGCUCAGUCAUCUACGGCUCGCUCGUGCUCGUCGUCGCUGAACCCCUGAGGGCAAUCAUCUCUGGCUCGCGCCUCGUCUUCAACGAUAAAACCCAAGCGGGAGCAUCGGUCACCAGUUUUCUGAGGCCGUGUUGUAGCUGCCUCGACCGAUUUCUCAUGCACCUCAACCGCAAAGCCUACAUUGUGAUGGCGAUGCACGGCCUGAGCUUCCGCACGAGCGGUCGGAGGGCGCUACGUCUGCUUGGGCGGCAUUGCCAGCAGGUGGCGGGACUUGACACCGUCUCGGGGUUCUUACUCUUCCUAGCCAAAUUCAACACUGCCCUGCUGGCAGUGUUUAGCGGUCUCUGGAUCAUAAAGGAAACCCAGACGACUGUGUACGUGUGGGCUCCUUUGAUCGCAGCAGGAUGCAUCGCGUACUACAUAGCUGAUUCCUGCAUAUCUGUUUAUGAGGUGGCAGUGGACACUUUGUUUCUCUGUUUCAGCGAGGACUGCGAACAAAACAAUGGAGUCACUAAGCCGUAUUUCGUCACGGAUUCCCUGAGCGCAUUCAUGCACGCCACCAAGAACGACCUUCAGGACAUUGCAAGCACCAGGGUGACAUCAUAUGACGAUGGUACACACCGUGUGAAAACGGAUUCUUGAGAAUAAGACUUAUUUUUGAAUAAAUUGUUGUGCACUCA